CAGGGCUCCUUUCCUUAUCCAGAGUAAUCCAUAAUUAUCUGCAAGAGUAAUUAAUAUUAUCUUUUAAAUUAUUAUAUUAAGUUCACUUUUAUUUUUAACUAAUUGCAGAUUUCUUUCACCUAUACAAAUUAGUCAAUUUGCCUUUUAUAUAGGCAUAGUGUCCCAGAAUACAAAUAUUUUUUAGUUAUAAAAUUAAUAGAUCUAAUUACUGAAUCAUAAGUAAGUUUAUGAUUUUACUAUGUAUUUUUGCUGUUUGAAGGCUGCUUUUCUUUAUUUACAAAACUAGUUCCAUAGGAAUUUAAAUGAGCUUGUAUAGGAUAUAGCUGAUUUUUCCUUUUGCAAAGAUUAAUCCCAUAUAAUCAUUCUGAACUGCUGACAUUUUAGCCCAUAUUCUUGAUCAUUUAUUAAUUUUUUAACAGUCUACAAUUUUUUAUUGAAUAUUCUAUGCCAGUCAUUAUAUAAAAUAUAAUAACAGUACUGGGAUAAAAGGUGGUACUUGCUCUGUGUCUGUGUGAUUUAAAAUUAAAAGUAAAAUAAAACAAAAACCACACUAACAUAAACACAAAAACUCCCAAAUAACUUUUUUUCACCAAACAAAUUGAAACUUUAGGUAGAAUCAUCUUUUUCAGAUCUUUGGUGAAUCACAAAUAAUUAAGAGGAGUUUAUAGGAUGUCAAGUUCAUAAUUUAACUAAAUUUCUAUUGUAGUAUAAUUAUAGCCAGUGUCAAACAUGUUGGUUUGUCUGUGGUCUAAUGUUUUUACCAGCCAAUUCAGUUUUAUGAUAAAAAGGGGUGAAGAGGGGUAAACUUGGUUAAGAAGGGAGAGGAGAGCGUUAAGGGAAGGAAGUUAUGAUGCUUUGUGGAUCACAUCUCUUUAUUCUUAUAUACCAAAACAUAACAUUAUAUGUAAGUUAUUUGUUUAAUUUCUGUGUUCCACUGGAUGGUUAAGAGCUUCGCAUUCCUUCUGAAAAACCCUGUAGGAGUAUAUUAGCUUGUUUCUUUCAGAAGCAUUUUGUUAAAAGUUGAAGUUGGUUAACAAGAAUAGGAACAAAAUCAUUGAUUAUAGAUUUUGAUAGAAAUAAACAGAGAAAAAUUUCCUGAGAUUUUCUGAAAAUAUUUGAAGGAUGAUAUCCUUCUCCCUAGUAUUAUAUUUACAAGUAUUAAAUAUUUCAAAAAAAGUUAAGUGGAGAUUACAGAUGCUUUAAAAAGUAUGUGUAUAGAUUUUUCAAAAUGGUAGUGCCAAAUAGAGGAGGUGAAAGAAAAUAAGUAAAAAAGCAAUCUACCUAAAGAAAAGUAGAAUUUUUCCUGUUGUGAACUCAGUAUUAAGCGUUUUGAAAAAUGUGACUCAUGAUCUUGAACUACAUCGAGUAGAGUCUCAUUUCGACCUUGUAUUUUGGCUAAGGAUGUGUACUUGAUUCCUAAAUAAUUAUUCUGUUAGCCUGAUUUGACAAAAUGCUUACUGCUUAGACUUGCUUAACUAGCUAAAGAGAAACCUUCAAAUUAUUUCCCAUUUUCCCUUACUUGCUUCGCUGUUUAUAACUGUAGGAUUUUCCACCUUUUGCUGCAUUUCAUGUUUAGCAUUGAAGGACUUAGACUUUCAUGCUCUGUAAAGUUAAAUAAAGCCACCCUUUCAGUACUGCUAUGUUAGCAUUUUUUCUCUUAACGUAGCUGCCAUUUACCUGAAGAACAUGGUGACACAGUACUGGCCAGACCGAGAACCUCCACCAGGAGAAGCAAUAUUUCCAUUCAACAUUCAUGAAAAUGAUCGCCAGCAGAUACGUGAUAACAUUGUGGAAGGAAUAAUUCGGUCUCCGGAUUUAGUGAGAGUCCAGUUAACGAUGUGUCUCCGUGCCAUCAUUAAACAUGAUUUUCCUGGUCACUGGCCAUCGGUAGUCGACAAGAUAGACUAUUACUUGCAAUCACAGAGCAGUGGAAGCUGGCUUGGCAGUUUAUUAUGUCUGUAUCAACUGGUGAAGACAUAUGAAUACAAGAAAGUAGAGGAAAGAGAACCCCUUAUAGCAGCAAUGCAUGUAUUUCUGCCUCGUAUUCAACAGCAAAUCAUCCAGCUCCUUCCUGAUUCCUCCCAUUAUUCUGUGUUACUACAGAAACAGAUUCUGAAAAUCUUUUACGCAUUUGUUCAGUAUGCAUUGCCUCUUCAGCUGAUGAAUAACCAAACCAUGACAGAAUGGAUGGAGAUCUUUCGAACCAUUAUUGACAGAACAGUUCCUCCUGAGACUCUGCAAAUUGAUGAGGAUGAUAGACCAGAAUUAGUAUGGUGGAAGUGUAAGAAGUGGGCAUUGCAUAUUGUAGCUCGUCUUUUUGAACGAUAUGGAAGCCCAGGAACUGUCACAAAAGAAUACUUUGAAUUUUCUGAAUUCUUCUUGAAAACCUAUGCAGUAGGAAUUCAGCAGGUACUACUAAAAAUUUUAGACCAAUAUAGACAGAAAGAAUAUGUAGCCCCCCGUGUUCUUCAGCAAGCAUUCAACUAUCUCAAUCAAGGGGUUGUUCAUUCUGUAACCUGGAAGCAGAUGAAGCCACACAUACAGAAUAUCUCUGAGGAUGUGAUUUUUUCUGUGAUGUGUUAUAAAGAUGAGGAUGAAGAGCUGUGGCAAGAAGAUCCAUACGAGUAUAUAAGGAUGAAAUUUGAUAUUUUUGAAGAUUAUGCUUCUCCCACUACAGCAGCCCAGGCUCUCUUAUAUACUGCUGCAAAGAAAAGGAAAGAGGUGUUGCCAAAAAUGAUGGCAUUCUGUUAUCAAAUCCUAACAGACCCGAACUUUGACCCUAGGAAGAAAGAUGGAGCCCUGCAUGUGAUUGGUUCCCUAGCUGACAUUUUAUUGAAGAAGAGUCUAUUCAAGGACCAAAUGGAGUUGUUGCUGCAGAAUCAUGUAUUUCCAUUAUUAUUGUCUAACCUGGGAUAUCUUCGAGCUAGAUCGUGUUGGGUACUUCAUGCAUUCAGUUCUUUGAAGUUUCAUAAUGAGCUCAACCUAAGAAAUGCAGUUGAACUAGCCAAGAAGAGCCUGAUUGAAGAUAAAGAGAUGCCUGUCAAAGUAGAAGCUGCCCUUGCUCUUCAGUCAUUAAUUUCUAACCAGAUACAAGCUAAGGAAUAUAUGAAGCCACAUGUGAGGUCUAUUAUGCAGGAGCUGUUGCACAUUGUUAGAGAGACAGAAAAUGAUGAUGUUACUAAUGUUAUCCAGAAGAUGAUAUGUGAAUACAGUCAAGAGGUGGCCUCAAUUGCUGUUGAUAUGACACAACACUUGGCAGAGAUAUUUGGAAAAGUUCUUCAAAGUGAUGAAUAUGAAGAAGUUGAAGACAAGACAGUAAUGGCUAUGGGAAUUUUACAUACCAUUGAUACUAUCUUGACAGUUGUAGAAGAUCAUAAAGAGGUUACUCAACAGUUAGAAAAUAUCUGUCUACAGAUCAUUGAUCUUGUUUUACGUAAACAUAUAAUCGAAUUUUAUGAAGAAAUCUUUUCAUUGGCAUAUAGUUUAACCUGUCAUAGUAUUUCCCCUCAAAUGUGGCAGCUUCUAGGUAUAUUAUAUGAAGUUUUUCAGCAGGAUUGUUUUGAAUAUUUUACAGACAUGAUGCCUCUCCUGCAUAAUUAUGUGACAAUAGAUACAAAUACUUUACUAUCAAAUCCAAAGCAUUUAGAAAUACUUUUUACAAUGUGUAGAAAGGUACUGUCUGGAGAUGCAGGAGAAGAUGCAGAAUGUCAUGCAGCCAAACUUCUAGAAGUCAUUAUUCUUCAGUGCAAAGGAAGGGGAAUUGAUCAGUGCAUUCCUCUCUUUGUUCAACUUGUUUUGGAGCGAUUAACUCGAGGGGUCAAAACCAGUGAGCUCCGUACUAUGUGUCUUCAGGUUGCAAUUGCUGCCUUGUACUACAACCCUGAUUUGCUGCUACAUACAUUAGAACAAAUUCAGUUACCUCACAAUCCUGGACCUAUAACUGUACAGUUUAUAAAUCAGUGGAUGAAUGAUACAGAUUGUUUUCUUGGGCAUCAUGACCGGAAAAUGUGUGUAAUAGGACUGAGUAUCCUUUUGCAAUUGCAAAAUCGACCUCCUGCAGUAGAUGCUGUGGUGGGACAGAUUGUUCCCUCAAUUCUCUUCCUCUUCCUUGGCCUAAAGCAGGUCUGUGCUUCUAGACAAUUGCUAGACCGGGAAAAUCACUCAAAAGCAGAGAAAGCUGAUAUAGAAGAAAAUGAGGAAAUUUCAAGUGAUGAAGAGGAGACAAAUGUAACUGCUCAAGCAAUGCAGUCAAAUAAUGGAAGAGGUGAAGAUGAGGAGGAAGAUGAUGAUGACUGGGAUGAAGAAGUGUUGGAAGAAACUGCCCUUGAGGGAUUCAGCACUCCACUUGACCUUGACAAUAGUGUGGAUGAAUAUCAGUUUUUCACACAAGCUCUGCUAACUGUGCAGAAUCGAGAUGCUGCCUGGUAUCAACUGCUGGUGGCACCACUCAGUGAGGAUCAGAGGAGAGCACUGCAGGAGGUUUACACAGUGGCAGAGCACCGAAGAUCUGUGGCAGAGGCAAAGAAGAAGAUUGAACAACAGGGAGGCUUCACAUUUGAAAACAAAGGAGUUCUCACUGCUUUUAACUUUGGGUCGGUGCCCAGCAACAACUGAAAGAAGAAACGUCAACCGACCAAAGGUUUUCGCUACAUUUUAUUUCAUAAGGGUGGUGUGAGGGACAAGAGGAGGAAAUGAGGGGGCUGCCUUUCUACUGCCCUCCUACCGUACCAGCUACCAUCUGGCAUUAGGCAGCACUUCUGUCUGCUCUUGUCUUCCCCUUUGACCUUUCUCGUCUGGAAACAUGUAUUUUAAACAGCUACUGUAAUGUAUGAAAGUAAACAAAAUCAUCGAACUGAAAAGGACAAACCAUAUGCUCCAAAGGAAGAAUGACCAAGGUGGUUCUAGAAGACUGGACUGAAUUGCACGUCUCAGGUUUUUGCCAUGCAGAAUCAGUGCAUUUAUGCGGAUAACAGUGCCUUCUGUUGUACAUGAAUUAUCUGAAAAAUUUUUUUGGAGUGCAUUGCAAUUUUUUUUAAAGCAUAAAACAUAUUUCUAGAUAUAAUGUAAACCUUGGUUAUAUGUUGACUUAUUCUGCAUUUUACUGUGUGGAUUUACUGUUAGGCAGUUAGCUACAAGUCACUCUGGUUUCAAAAAUGUCAUUGCUCCCCUAGCUCAUCCUACUGCUGGGGGCUUCCUUCAGGGGUUGUAAAAUAUGCACUGGCUCUGGUUUUUCAUAACAUGUUUUGUGUCUUUCCUAAGAAGUGUCUUAUUUCCUCUUCCAACAUAAUUUUCAGGCCCAAAAGGGGUGGUAUUUCUUUCGGGGUCAGCAUAUAUGAAUAUCAAUUUCAUUCAUAGCCUGGUAGGUUCAGGACUCAACAGUUUCUUGGCAGCAAGUGGUGGGGGCUCUUUAAUCACUGGAGUUAACUGUAAGUUUGUGUAUAUUCUGAAUCAUGUAAUUUUAAUUAUGCAUGUCUUAGUUAUCUAGUGCUGCUAUAACAGAAAUACCACAAGUGGAUGGCUUUAACAAACAGAAAUGUAUUUUCUCACAGUUUAGGAGGCUAGAAGUCCAAAUUCAGAGUGCUGACUCUAGGGGAAGGCUCUCUGUUGGCUCUGGAGGAAGGGCCUUGUCUUCACCUUCUGCUUCCUGGUUCCUUGGAGAUCUCCAUGUGUCUUGGCAUGUAUCUUACCCCAUCACUCUUCUUCACUUGCUUGUUUAAUCUCUUUUAUAUCUCCAAAGAGAUUGACUCAAGAUACACCCUACACUAAUCCUGUCUCAUUAACAUAACAAAGAAAACCCAUUCCCAAAUGGGAUUAUAACCACAGUUCUAGAGGUUAGGAUAUACGACACAUUUUUGGAGGGACACAGUUCAAUCCAUAACAAUGCAAUUAAUUGAUAAUUACAUCUAAAGCACAUUGAACUUCUAGGAGAAAGGUGCUACAUAAGCACACUGUCGUUUUGGAUGAGGGCUUACAUUUUCGAUAAGUUAUCAUUCCAGCUGUGUUGGACCAGGGCCCAAAACGUUUUACAACAAUAGUUUUUAUUUAGGAAAAAGACCCAAAUAAAUCUAACAUCUUGCUUUCUCACACAUAAGAAUUUUUCUCCUGCCUAAUUUGUUUUAGUUUUUUUUAUAGCUCAGUUUGGCUUCUUAUAUUUUUCAAGGGUUGGGGAUAUUGGGCAGCUGCAUUCUUAGACUGUAAUGAUGUAAGAUAGUCCAUAGAAAAUAUUGCAGGUAGGGGUUACAGCUGUUUUCCUCAACUGGUCAAGAUUAGAAUAUAGAUCAUAGUGUUUUCAUUCCAUAAAAUGAAAAUAUAUUUUCAGAAUUUAACAUAUUAUUGGAUGUGAUAUAGUUUUUCCAUUUUUGUGGAAUGUCUGCAGCUUAAAUUUCCCAUCAGUGACUGGAGGAAUUUUCUCCAGGUGCUUCCUAUAUUGCCAUCCCUUGUUAAUACUAACUCUUUUUAGAAUUUUAGGUUAUUUAAGUAUUUUUUACAGGAUUACCCGAAAAGCCAUGAGUUUCUGAGUUAAAUGAUCUUCUGCUUUCCUCUCUCCCUUUCCAAGGUAUUAAAGCUGACAUGUGCCAACUGGCAGUUAAAAGAGAAAGAUGACAUUGGGGGACAUUUUAAAGGUUUUAAACUUGAAACGCUUCUUAUUCUACCUAUGUCCCAUGUGGUUUUUGGAGAAUUUAUUUUGUCAUAUUAUCUUCUACAGUAUUAAAGGGAAAGAAGUAUUAAUGUGCAUCACCCCUAUCUUAUUUUUGAAGCCAGGGUAGUUGUAUAAUUUUGUUACCAGCAGUGCUAAACCGAAUGUGAUCUGGUUACCUUGGAAAUGCAGGAACUUAACUGAAUGUACUGUAAAAUAAAAUGCAGAUUGAUUCCCAGAA